GAUUGAGUUUAAAAGUUCGAGGAGAUGUCACGACUUGGCGGCGGUUGGUGAAGAGUCCCUGAAGAUAAGCGUGAAAGUCUAGAGGAGACUGGAUGAGGAUCAGAGAUGGAAGCCCUCAGCAGGAGAAGCAGGAGUUUCAACAGGCCUUAAAGGAGCUAGAGGCCAUCUUUCCCCCCAUGAAGAUGGCAACACAGUCCCGCACUGUACGCUCAAGUUCAGCCGUGCCUGCAAACAUAAAAGCCGCUGAGCUUCCUUUGGAGGAGCUGCUGGCUCUCUACGGCUACACAGUGUCAGAUCCAAAGAAAGAGACCUGUCACAUGGCUGCUAGCCUGCCAGACAUGACACUGGACAAGGAACAGAUAACUGAGGAUCUCUUUCCAGGGGAGGAGGAAGAAGAAUCAUCAGCUGAUGAUCUCACCCCGUCCGUCACCUCAAACACCUCAGAUCUACUUCGCCGCCUCCAAGGUGGAGACAAAGACACAUCAGUCAGCUCAUCAGAUGAAGACUCUGACGAUGCCUCUAUUCCCUCCAAUGAAGAGAAAAAGGAGAUCAUGGUGGGCUCUAUGUACCAGGCCAAAAUCCCUCCACUUUGUCCAUACACCUGCCAGGAGAGAGCCUACAGCAGUGAGGAUCAGCUCCUCUGGAGGCCUGGUGUUCUUCCCAUGCAAGAAGUGGAGGAUUUCUUGUUGUAUGCACAGAGAUCACGUGGCCAGGAGGGGGCAGCAUGCUUACAAACACAAGGGGACUUCGUCCAAGACAAUGAACAGGCGCUGUAUGAACUGGUGAAAUGCAACUUUAAUGCAGAAGAGGCACUGAGACGGUUACACUUCAAUGUGAAAGUGUUUAGUGAAGAUCUUUGUGCCUGGAGCGAGGAGGAGUGUAGGAACUUUGAGCAGGGUUAUCGAGUUUAUGGGAAAAACUUCCAUCUCAUUCAGGCUAACAAGGUACGAACGCGCUCUGUGGGAGAGUGUGUGGAGUAUUACUACAUGUGGAAGAAGUCUGACCGUCAUGAGUACUUUACCCAGCAAGCCACCCGGCUCAGCCGCAGGAAGUACAACCUGCAAUCAGGGAGUGUAGAGGAUGGAGAGCAGGACAGUGAAGCUGGAGAGCUUGAGGGAAGCAACAAUUCUUCAGUCUCGUUGUCUCAGAGUUCUACCAGGCAACUUGAGUCUCCAUUACCUCCACAGUCAAGCCUGGAGGUGGACAAACAAGAUGGUGAUCUGGUGAUGGAGCUGUCAGACCUGUGUAGUAAUGGAUGUCCUCAGCAGCUGUUUUCCUGUCCUUUCUCUCUCCCGCCUAUGGACCACCUACGGGAUCCCAGCUCAGACACUUUCUGUUCCUCAGCUCCAGUUCAACUCCUGUCCCCACCCUCCUCUCAGAGCUCCCUGUGGGCCUGCGGAAGUCCUCCGUCCUGCCACGACAACCCUCACCUCCCAGGCUCAUGUUUCUAUCAGCUCCACAUGCGUGGUGCACCUUUUGUCUCCCAGGGUGUUGACUGUGGCGCAGCAAGAGGUGGGACUGUCUCCCCCUGUGGGCUGCAGGUGGAAUUAAGCCUGCCAUCUGCCUCUCCUCCCUCACCUGCUGUCCCCCCGUCACACUUUCAGGCGUUUGGCAGCCUGUUACACCCCUCUCCCGUCCAGCAUCCCCGCUCUCUCACACAGUGAAGGCUCAUGAGAAAGUCUGGUACUCUUCAAGGCGUGCCCUGAGUCCAGGUUUUUGACAUUCAAAGACAUGAAGUGCAUUUACUGAACUUAGUGAAAAAGGAUAGACCUACUACUUGUGACGGGGUUACAUGUCUGCCUGGAUCCUGUUUUUCAUGUACUGAGACACUUGAACCCCCAGUCCAUUCUUAAAUCAUGUUCAAAAUUUUAAUUUUAUGUGCUCAUAACGUGUUCAAUGACGGUUUAUUUCCACAAGCUGGUUCAAUGCAGUUAAUUGGCUGUUUUGAUACACGUUUGCUAAAUCCAUAUGAGUGCAGGUGGUGGGGCUGCAGUGAUCAUGCAAACAACCAAAACAUUAUGAUUAUGAUCACUUACCGGUUGAUGUUUCCUUUAUUUAUUUUGUUAGGACUGAAAAGUUGAAUUGCUCAGAUGUCUACAUAAUUCUUCCAGCAAGAGCCAACCAUGUUUUCUUUGUUCUGCUUAUUGCUUAUAAUUUUCCACUGUACCUAAUUGAGAUCUGUCUCUGGAGAGUAAAGCAAGAACCUGCUUGUGUGCAAUUUUAAUAACGGUGUAAAACAAUGAAAUGUUUCAACCAUUAGAAAAAGAAAUAAUUUGCCGCGCACUGAAAUUGAAUUUACUUAAACUUAAUUAUGAGCAAACAAUAUGUUUCGCCUGUAGCUUCUUCAGGUUAGAGAAUUCUAUUAAACAUGAAGAUUAAUGUCCUCUGUAAAGUACCUUUUCAGACAUCAGGUUUUUUUCAUCCGUGCACUUCAGUAUUUUACUCCACCUGUCUAAAAUUUUGGAUGAAAUGUACAUUUUUCUUGUGGAUUUUUGUUUAAACUUGAAGAGCAGAAUUGUAAUUAUUUUUCUUAUUUGAGAUUUGAACAUGAAUAGGUGAAACUGAGUUUAUAGGUUUUGUUUUUACUUUUACUUUUGUGGAAAAUUUCCUUUCUUAAAUGAUCGAUUUGCAUUUAGAUUUAUACAGUUGCCGCACUUUGUGACCAUUUUUCAUAACUGUUAAUGAUUUAUGAACAGUAAGAUCUGUUUGACAUACAGUUUGUGCAUAAAAUCAAACACAAGAAUUCAAAAUGUACAAUGUUAACAUUUGUAAGUCACCCAUACACCUCUCUAGGUUACACAUCUCUGAUAAUGUCCAUUCAGUGCAGCAUGGACCGGUGCAAUACAUACAGAUCAGACAAAGGAAUGAUUGUUAACAUCUAUAGGAUUAAGAUACAGCUAUUUAUUGAGUGAGAUCAUAUGUAUGAUCAUCUUAUGGUUUAAUUGUGCAGUCAUUGAAAAUAAAACCCCCUGACCUCUGUCAAACAUAAUGGAAAAUUGAACACUGUCACUUUUGAACACACAUCAACAUUUCUAAUAUUUUUCAUUGUGCAAAUGCCAUAAAGAUCUGCAAUUCUCAAAUUUUCUCAGAGGCGUACCUAAAUUAUCAAGGCCCUUCCUCAUUUUUGUGUGUUUAUGAAUGGAUAUGUGGCAAUUUUGUUUGCAUGCCAGUGUACUUUAGCAACAAAAUAGUUACGGGGAAGGAAACAAUGUAGCCCCACAUUCCUCCCUCUGUGUUGCUAUUUAUUUCUUCUUAUUUUCUGUAUAUGUUGCAGAUCCUCCCAUAGUUCCCGUUAAAAGCCAAGCUGGUUCCUGAUAAAUGUUUGUUUUGUCUUUGUUUACAUGAGGGGGGCAGGGUAUUCAGAACAAGAUCAUUAGGGCAGGAAAAGGUGCUGAAUCACUGCCUUUUGUUAACUCUUUGUUUUUUGUUUUCACUUUUAGCAAUUUCUAUAUUUUACUGCUUCUGUAAUGUUUGUUAAUAAUUAUUAUAUUUUGUAAAAAUAAAUAAAAGAUCAAAAGGAUUAUGUGUUAAAUAUUAAAAUGCACUGUGCUCAUUCAAACUACUUUGAAAUCUAAUCAGGAGGCAGUAUCUUAUGGCCAGGGGAAGUAUUGUUAAUAAUCAACUAUUUUCAUAUUGGAAUUUUGGUAAUUACAUGAAUAGUUAAUUUGUAAAACACAGGAUCCAAACUACAUGCCUAAACUCUAUUUACAUAACAUUUUGAACAUGUAAAGGCCCCAUAAUUAUUUACCUUUACAGGAUUAAUACUGUCUGUCCCUUUAAUGUUGGACAUAUAGAUCACAGACCCGCCCACCCUGUACACAUAAUACUUCUGUGUGCCAUCAACAGCAAGGAAAUAUGGAAUAUUUUGCUGAUUGAUUCAUAUAGGCCUUUGAGAAUUUCUGUUGAAAAUGCCUCAUUUUGACUUGCUGCUGUUGAUGCUUUAGUCUUCAUACCAUUUAAUUUACUCUUGAGUCCAUGAAUCUGUAAACGUAAGCACAUAUGCUCUUAAAUG